AUUUCAAGAUUUUUUACACUUAUGAACCUAACCUUACUUUUAGUAUAUUGCAGUUAAAUUAGUUUUUACAUGAAUCGUUAGAAAUUAAAUAUAAUUUGUUACUAUCGUAAACGAAAUUUUAACAAUUUAACUAUGGCCUUGCGAAUUUUACGAAUUGUUAAAAAUUCUAAUCGUCGAUUGUUAAUAGAGGAAAAUCUGAACACUGUUUGUUUAGGAGUAUGCUACCCUGUACGUGAAAAGCAUCGUUUGAAUCCGAAACCACGACUGAGAAAUCCCACAUGGUUUGUUAGGAAAGAAAUUAAUGAUAAAGAUGAAUUAAUAACAGCAGAAAAUAAAACCUUUUUGAAAGAAAUCGUCGAGGAUAAAAUGAUUGAGGCUACCAAAAAUGAAUCACCAAUGAUAAGUGGGAUUGACUGGAAUCCCAGAUUCCAAAGAACAGGGGUUCUUGCAAAAAAAAUUGGCAUUUAUCCAAUGUGGAUGAAAAAUGGGACAAAAAUGCUGACUACUUUAUUACAGAUUCUUGACAAUCAUGUUAUUAAAUAUUAUUCUCCUGAAGAGUAUGAUCAACCUAGAAAGCGUCCAACCAAAAUUUAUAAUAAAAAGGGUUGUUUGUUGUUGGGAGCUGAAGCAACAGAUCCUUCAAUGUUCACAAAGGAAUACUGUGGACUUUUUAAAGAUUCAGGGGUAAUACCAAAAAGAUACCUGGCUAGAUUUUUUAUUAGUCCUGAUGCAGCUUUACCGCUUGGUACCUUAAUUACAGCCAGACACUUUCAAGUUGGCAAUUAUGUUGAUGUUAGAGGAAAAACGAUUGAUCGUGGAUUUCAAGGUGUUAUGAAACGACAUGGUUUCAAAGGCAUGCCUGCCUCUCAUGGUGUUACAAAGACACACAGACGUGGUGGUAAUAUUGGCGGUGGUGGUGAAAAAGGAAGAGUUUGGCCAGGUACCAAAAUGCCUGGUCACAUGGGAAAUAGAUAUCGAAUCACUAGAGGAUUAAAGAUAUGGAGAAUCAAUACUAAACAUAAUGUACUUUAUGUUAGUGGUCAAGCUAUUCCAGGAGAGACCAACUCAUUGGUUUAUAUUUAUGAUACUAAAUUGCCAUUGAGAAAACCACAAAAUCCUGUACCAUUUCCAACAUACUUGGGAGAAAGUAAUGAAGAUGAUUCAGAUGAUGUUUAUGAUGAAGCCGUACAUGUAUUUUCUAGUGAAUCCACAAUUUUUAGCCAAGAAUAG